CAUAUUGUCAAGCCUACCAACCAAACAGCGAAUAAUCUAGCGGCGGCGAAACAUAUUAUUGUAACGUGUUUUUCUUGCCUUCGCGACGAUCGGCCAUGCUUCUAGCGGAUCCCGAAGACCUUCCGACGAUGUGAAAUCCCGCUGAAGUUCAUAUGCUUUCCUCAACUUCUUUUCCCUAUGUUACUCCGGCUUAAUUAUGGCAUUAAGUCAAAACACAAAGAAGCUGAUUAUACGGAUUGUGUUAUUUCUCGUCUACCUUCUCGUUGGAGCAGCAAUUUUUCAUGAGAUCGAAACUCGCCAAGAGAAGAAAGUACGAGACAAAUUUAAUGUCUUCAAGCGCGAUUUUCUUACCAAGCACAAUAUUAGCGAGAAUGAGAUGAACGAGUUCCUUAAGAAACUAAAGGACGCUAUAACAUUGGGAUUCGACUUGAAGAAGGGAGAUUUUCCUCAAGAAGAUCAGUGGCAUUUUAUGAAUGCAUUUGUCUUCGCUGGAAAUGUAGUUACUACUAUUGGUUACGGGCAUCUAGUUCCUACUUCAUCUUUGGGUCGUUGGUUUUGUAUCUUUUACGCAUUAGUUGGGAUUCCCUUAACGGGUCUGACCCUACGCUCUGUGGGAAACCGGAUUUCUGAGGAAAUUUCUUCGAUUAUAAAAGGAUUCGAAAGAAAGGUGUAUAACCGAGAAUCAGAUAAACUGGAAAUCAAGACUGCCAUUAUAGCUUUUGUUUUACUUCUGGUCAUAAUAAUUUUCCCAGCUUUUGGAUUUCAAGCAAUCGAAGGAUGGUCGUAUGAAGACUCGGUUUAUUUUUGCUUCGUUACUUUAUCCACCAUUGGAUUUGGUGAUUUUGUGACGGGGAAUCGUAACGAUGCGAUAGAUGACAAGGCGACCAAUGUUGUGUUGGAGUUCCUUAACCUCAUCUAUAUGGUCGUGGGACUGGCUGUGAUGUCUGGUGUUAUUGUUUCAAUUAGUGGAGUUAUCGAAGAAAAAACUAAACUUAUUGCUAUGCCAGAUCCUUUUGAAACGUUAAGAGUUGGAAAUUUGAAUUCGAAAGCUUUACGGAAACUAGGAAUGGGUCCAGCAGGCCCCGGUGAUGGCGUAAGGCCCAAAAUAGAUAGAAUCCAUCCGAAAAUAAACUCACAGUCUGUGAUGAAAGCGGGGAUGCCUGAAGCUGGUUCAGUUUUAGAUCGUAGCCGAUCUGCUGACAAUAUGGACUUUCAAGGCCCGACGCCAAUUCUUCAUUUAACUAAAAAUACUGAACGAGCUGAGGAAAUUUCGAAAAACGAAGGAUCCCCCGAAAACUGUACCAGACCUAAAUUGUUGUUUAAUAAUAAAGUUGUUCCCGUCGAAUCCGAGAGAGUGUUAACCGAACAAGGACCGAGGAAGGAUUCUACUUUGUCUUCCGAAAACAGAAGCGACAGCCACGACGAAAUUGAAAGGGAAGUCGCUCCUGAUAUUGUAAAUUCGAGAAGAAAUACUUUCACAGAAAAAAGAGGCAGCAGAAAUGAACUAGUUGUGCAAGCGCAGAUGACACCCAAUCCAAGCCCUCGAUCGUCUCCAGCCCCCUCGCCAGUGUCGGUGGAGCAAGAGGAACAUUCUCAUGUGCGAGGGGAGCCUACUUUAGAGAUAAAUGAACAGAAACUUUCAUUUAUUCAUAAAGGCACGCCUUCCAAUGGCGAGCACUUGAUAAACAAUGAACUUCCUCCCGUAGAAGUCUUAGACAAAAAUUCGGCAAUUUCGAAUGGAUUCGUGAACCAUGCGUUGGAAGGGACAAAUUCUUUCUCAGAAAACAAAACGCUUGAAAUGAAACAGCCCGCGCCUACAAAUAGGUAGCAAGGAAGUAAAUGUGUCAGGAUAAAACAAGCAAAUCAUUCGCAGAUGAAGUCGGCGACAUGAUCACGUGGGUGGCUAACACCCACAAAAGAUCAGCCUUUCGGAGUUAGAGGAGCGAAUUACGUGCUGGACGCAUGAAUGCAACUCCACCAAGUCUCUCUUGCCUCAAUGGCGUGGCCAGUCGACCAUAGCAGUUUGCUUUCGAGCCUCGACCGUGCAAAGAUAAACUGCAGGAUUUCCAUUACUGAGGCGAUAUAAGACAUCCUCGCUGCCCAGCAGGAAAAAAUAUUCACGCUUUGAAGAGCCACCUGAUAGAGAGCAUAGGUAUCAAUGGACCAAAGUAUUGAAGAAGAAAAUUUGUUCGGGGGCUCGUUUUAGAGCUUUUUCAGGUUUUGAGUUAGGACUUGCAGCAAGGAAGAAAUCUCCCGUAUUACAAUUUUGCAGAUAUUUUCUUCCACGUUUCUUUCACGUUCUGAAAAAGAAAUGCAAACAUUUUGUUUGGUUGACCCAAUUUCAAACUCGACUGUAUUGACGAUGCAUCGAACUGUUAAGGCGGUGUUUUGAGGGACGAGGAGCAGUGCCAAUGGAAACUGACUUUUUCUUCCUCCAUACAGCAGUUAGAAAUUGCGUGACUCGAGAAGAGCAUGACUCGCUGCCAACCAAAGUGGGUGGGAUAGCA